UGUUGUUCAAAAUGGCGACGACGCCAAAGAAGGAAUCGGAAAUAGAUUGUUGUAUUUGUUUAUCGCAAAAUACUCGUACAUUUAAAUUAAAAGGAAGGAAGCUUUCAUCAGAAAAGUUUGAGAGAGAGUUGAGCCUACUUUUACAGGAUGAUUAUUUGGUCUCGAAACUGAAAUGUGCAGAUGCUGGUAUAUGCCGCAACUGUCACAACAAGGUAAAAGGUACAUUUGAUUUCAUUCAGCAAGUGAGGUCUUCAUGCAUGUCGUUUUUAAAUGAACCUUUUCAUGUAAAAGGAACGAUGCCUUCCCCUCUUACUCCGAAAAGUAUUCAGGGGUGUAAAACUGUGAACCCUACUACCGUCAGUACCGACACAGUACAUGUAGUUCAACCAAAGUCUAGAAAACGACUAAAAGUUACGUUCGAAAACUCAGCAGUGAAAUGUCAAAAUACACCUCCAUCUCACGAUAUAACUGUACAUUCUCUGCCUACAGUGUCAUUCGAGCAUGGCUAUGCUGCUGUGAAUCCAGAUAUAAAAAUGGAAAAUGUUGACCCUGCAUUUCAACUGUUAAAAUCUACAUGGGAAAGUCUUACAAGUGACAAAGAAAAUGAAGUUCCAUCAGUUCUUGGAAAUUCUUCUGCCAAUUUUUUUCAUGAAUUAAGAAAUCAGUCCAGAUCGCUGAUGUCAAGAACAACAAUGCUUGCUUCGGUAUUAUUUAAGUACAGAGAAGCUAACUCUUUGGUGGAAAAUGCAGACCUCCUUUUUCAAGAUGAUAUAUCAGAGAUGAAAAACAGGAUGCCACAUUUAUUAGAAGCUAUGUGUUGUGUAGCUGUUCCUGUGAAUGGAAAGUUAUCACCAUCUAUAAUUCCAGUUCUUGCGACAUGCUAUAGUAUUUUGAUGAAACAUAAGUAUUCCAACUUAUCAGCUUUCCACAGACUUGCCAGUGCAAUUGCAGUUGAAGGGGGACUGAAUGAUACAUUGAUUCAAUUUUGAGUGCAUGUUGACUUAUCACAGGAUGGAUCUACCCAUUAAAAUGCUGAAAUACAAAGACUUUGG